AGCAGUCAAGGAGGGCUGAAAUGACGGACAAACAGCUGGCAGGUCUGUCCCCAAGCAGAUAGGUUGCUUGAUAUGGACAUUGGUGCCCAAACCCUGGGAUUAGCCUGAAACAGAGCUGUGUUGACCCACCAGCUGGACCUUAGCAUCCUGUCAACUGCCAUCACAUUCAGACAGCCUAGACAUAGUGCUCGGUGGUUUGCAGGACUCAGCAUGGAUAUGGCAGCAGCUGUGCAAGUGUGAGCCAGGCAGCACUCCAAGAAUGGCCAUGUCCUGGCCCAGUACUUGGCAGUGGUGUGAAAUGUGGGGCAGGUGGUGAUGAUCCCCAGCCUUCUGCGGGAUGUGCAGCUGAAUGCACAUGGGCACCAGGCCCAGCUGGGCCCUGAUCCCUACACCAACUUCACCCGGCUCUAGGCCAUCCACGUGGAUGUGGACUGUGGGCUGCUGCCCAGGGACGAGCGGCAGGCCAAGAUGGCAGAUGGCAAAGCUGAUGAGGCUGAGGAUGAAGCUGCAGAAGAGGAAGCCAAGGAGGAGAGGGUGCCAGGACAGCUGGACAUGCAGUUCCACUUGCACUUCUCCAGCCUUCAUCACAUCUAUCACUUCACCCUGAAAGCUUAGGAGGUGAUGAGGAAAUAGCAGGACAUAAUGGGGCAGGCCAUGUAG